AUGAGUGACCGCCCUGAUCGUCCACCUGUAUGGGUUAGGGGCGGAACUCCCUACUUCUAUCACCCUCGCCGGCCCUCUGUCUCAUCGGAGGUCGCGAAUGAAGAGUUACGACAGGCAUCAAACGCUGCCAGCAUCCCAUCUGUCACUGGCAUUGUACCGGACAGAUCCGGCUCGAUCUCAUCUACCACGUCCAACCCGCAGACGACUCAGCCUGCCGGUGUAGCGUCGAAUCUGUUCCCCUUCAUGGCCAAAGAGCGUUCAAGUUCGAUGUCGUCUGAAUCCGGCGCAGGGCAGGAGCGGGAUACUUCAAAGAGAAGAAGCUCGCAUUCUGACAGUAGCUAUGCUGGGCUAAUGACGCAGAAGCGAACGUCGGAAGAUCCGCUCUUUGCUAGUAGGCGGGAAAGCUGGAGGGAGCAGUCUGCGAAUUCCCGGCCUGAUGAGAGGGGAUUCCUCAGCCGUUGGUGGGAUAACUUUGUCAAAGGAGAGCACCGCGCUCCUCCUAAGAACAAGUGA